GGAGACCAGAGCAGGAAGAGCUGUGGCGAGGCGGCGUCGGCGGCUGAGUCGGUGGCGGCACCGGCUAAAGCGGCAGCUUAGGGGGUGGCGGCGGCGGGGAGAGCAGGAUGCUGGACCGGGUCGGGCUGCUGCUGCUGCUCUGUGUGGUGCUGCUGGGCUCGCCCUUGGCGUCCUCGGAUGAAGAAAGCAGCCAGGAUGAAUCCUUAGAUUCCAAGACCGCUUUGCCAUCUGAUGAAUCGGUAAAGGAUCACAGCACAGCAGGCAGAGUAGUUGCUGGUCAGAUAUUCCUUGAUUCAGAAGAAUCAGAAUUGGAAUCACCUAUUCAAGAAGAAGAGGACAGCCUCAGGAAUCAAGAAGAGCAGAGUGUCCCAGAAGAAAUUAGCUUUCUAGAAUCUCCAAACCCUGAAAAUAAGGACUAUGAAGAACCAACGAAAGUACGGAAAUCAGCUUUGACCGCCAUUGAAGGCACAGCACAUGGGGAGCCUUGCCACUUCCCUUUUCUCUUCCUGGAUAAGGAAUAUGAUGAAUGUACAUCCGAUGGGCGAGAAGAUGGCAGACUGUGGUGUGCUACAACCUAUGACUACAAGGCAGAUGAAAAGUGGGGCUUUUGCGAAACUGAAGAAGAGGCUGCAAAAAGACGGCAAAUGCAGGAAGCAGAAAUGAUGUUCCAGACUGGCAUGAAAAUCCUCAAUGGAAGCAAUAAGAAAAGCCAAAAAAGAGAAGCAUAUCGGUAUCUUCAGAAGGCAGCAGGCAUGAACCAUACUAAGGCCCUCGAGAGAGUGUCCUAUGCUCUUUUGUUUGGUGACUACCUGACACAGAAUAUCCAGGCAGCUAAAGAGAUGUUUGAGAAACUGACAGAGGAAGGCUCUCCCAAGGGACAAACUGCUCUUGGCUUUCUCUAUGCCUCUGGACUUGGAGUUAAUUCAAGUCAGGCAAAGGCCCUUGUAUAUUAUACUUUUGGAGCCCUUGGAGGCAACCUAAUAGCCCACAUGGUUUUGGGUUACCGAUACUGGGCCGGCAUCGGAGUCCUCCAGAGCUGUGAAUCUGCUCUGACUCAUUAUCGUCUUGUUGCCAAUCAUGUUGCUAGUGAUAUCUCACUGACAGGAGGCUCAGUAGUACAGAGAAUACGGCUGCCUGAUGAGGUGGAGAAUCCAGGAAUGAACAGUGGAAUGCUGGAAGAAGACUUGAUUCAGUAUUACCAGUUCCUAGCUGAGAAAGGUGAUGUACAAGCACAGGUUGGUCUGGGACAACUGCAUCUGCACGGAGGGCGUGGAGUCGAACAAAAUCACCAGCGAGCAUUUGACUACUUCAACUUAGCAGCUAAUGCUGGCAAUUCACAUGCUAUGGCCUUCUUGGGAAAGAUGUAUUCAGAGGGAAGUGACAUUGUACCUCAGAGUAAUGAGACAGCUCUUCACUACUUUAAGAAAGCCGCUGACAUGGGCAACCCAGUUGGUCAGAGUGGACUUGGAAUGGCCUAUCUCUAUGGGAGAGGAGUUCAAGUGAAUUACGAUCUGGCACUGAAAUAUUUCCAGAAAGCUGCUGAACAAGGCUGGGUGGAUGGGCAGCUACAGCUUGGCUCUAUGUACUAUAAUGGCAUUGGAGUCAAAAGAGAUUAUAAACAGGCCUUGAAAUAUUUUAACUUAGCUUCUCAGGGAGGCCAUAUCUUGGCUUUCUACAACCUAGCACAGAUGCAUGCCAGUGGCACAGGUGUGAUGCGCUCAUGUCACACUGCUGUGGAGUUGUUUAAGAAUGUAUGUGAACGAGGCCGUUGGUCAGAGAGGCUUAUGACUGCCUAUAACAGCUAUAAAGAUGGCGACUACAAUGCCGCCGUCAUCCAGUACCUCCUGCUGGCCGAGCAAGGCUAUGAAGUGGCACAGAGCAAUGCAGCCUUCAUUCUCGAUCAGAGAGAAGCAACCAUUGUAGGUGAGAACGAAACUUACCCCAGAGCUCUGCUACACUGGAACAGGGCUGCCUCUCAAGGCUAUACUGUGGCUAGAAUUAAGCUUGGAGACUACCACUUCUAUGGAUUUGGCACUGACGUAGAUUAUGAGACGGCGUUCAUUCAUUAUCGUCUGGCAUCUGAGCAGCAGCACAGUGCACAAGCCAUGUUUAAUCUGGGGUAUAUGCAUGAGAAAGGACUAGGCAUUAAACAGGAUAUUCACCUGGCAAAGCGUUUUUAUGACAUGGCUGCCGAAGCCAGCCCAGAUGCACAAGUACCAGUCUUCCUAGCGCUCUGCAAAUUAGGCGUCGUGUAUUUCUUACAAUACAUACGGGAAACAAAUAUUCGAGAUUUGUUCACCCAACUUGAUAUGGACCAGCUUUUGGGACCUGAAUGGGACCUUUACCUCAUGACCAUCAUCGCGUUGCUGCUGGGAACAGUCAUAGCUUACAGGCAGAGGCAGCACCAAGACAUGCCUGUACCCAGGCCUCCAGGCCCACGGCCAGCGCCACCACAGCAGGAAGGGCCGCCAGAGCAGCAGCCACCACAGUAACAGCCACCGUGUCCAGCCUUGAUCAGUGACAGCCCAGGAAAUUGUUUGCUGAAAACAUUUGCAUUUGAUUUAGGACUUUGGAUCAGUGGCCACCUCCUGGAAGAGGCACAAGGAAGCGUUGAAUUCCUAAAGCUGCUUAGAAUCUGAUGCCUUUAUUUUCAGGGAUACGUAACUCUUACCUAAACUGAGUUGAAUGUUUGUUUCCGUGCUGAAUGGAAUAACAACUCUCAAUGACUUUCCUUUUUUUAUUUUUUUGGUCUGGAAACAUGUGAGACACUCAAAGUAAUGUCUGCUGUAUCCAGCUGUCUUUCUUGGGUUCUUCAGUCAUGCUCUCAACCCUUGCUCAUUCUCAGUGUGUGUACAUUCUUCUGUCAGCAUUUUAAGGUCUUUUGCAUCAACACUAAAAACUGAUCAGUGUGAAAAGGAAAAUGCAGUUAGUUCUAAGUUUAAGCUUAACAUGUUUGAAAGUCUGAAAACAGAGCUUGCCUUUUGAGUUAAAAAAAGAGAGUCUUCAAAGUGUUUCAGAACUGCAAUAACUAAGAAGCUUUUACCAGUCCACGUGCAGAUAUACACAUUCAGCAUACUUGUUGUUUUAACAGGGAAGGUUGGGAGUUUUCUUAUCAUUGGUGAUUGUCACACUUUAUACCAAACUUCUCUCCUUCAAAGACUGAAAGGCCUUGUCAAAGGGUUUUAUGUGAACUUCACUACUUUGGUAUGGAAUCUCUAUAAGUCUGAACUGACUCCUUGAGCUAACAUGUGAAUUUGCCCCACCUACUCACUGUAAUGUGCUUGUUUGUUUUGAGUAUUCAGAACCUUGAUCCAGAAGCCAGAGGAUGGACUGCAUAGAAGAUACUAGAAAACAGCACUAAAGAACUCUGGAUGGGAUACCACGAUCAUAGUCCUACUUUCCCAAAGUUGAAGUAUUUAUUCCAGGGAUUUAUUUUCCUUUGCAUUUCUUCUUGCAAAAGAACAGAUCACCCUCCUGAAUUUCUAUAUUUAUGAAAUACCAUGGCCAUUAUCCAGCAUACAGUAAUUACCAUUAUAAUAUUAAAACACAGAGAAUAAAAGAUGUAUUAAACUUAGUGGUUGAGGAAAGCCGAAGCCUGUUUAUGCUGUUCUGUAUUUUCAGGUAGAUUUUUGUAUCUGCAGUUUUCUAUUACAGUAGAAAGGUAACUGCCUGUUUAGUUAUUAUAUCCAUCAUACACUUUCAGCAUUGGGAAAAUCAGGGCUAUUGUACUUCAGACUUGUUUGGAAAACAACAACAAAGACACCUGAGGAUUUCAUAUACCAUACAAAUGAAAACUUAAACAGAAUUUGUAGUUCUUUUUAUCUGCAGGAGGUAGUUUUCCCCUGCCUAUAUUGGUAUCUGAGCAGACUUUUUAUGCCUGCCGACCUCAGUCUGUUUCUAGUAACCUUUAUACCUUCCCCCCCCCCCCAUAGUCACUCAUCUGCCAGAAAACUUGAAAAGUUUAUUACCUGUAGAGUUGUAAGACUUUGGUUUUUGAAGUUAGGACUGUGCUUUAGGACUAGAUUUAGUUUAUAAUUUAACAUGAAGGCUUUAAAUGUGAAGUUGUAGACUUUGUUUAGUGUUCACAGUAUUAUGAGAAACGGGGUAAGCAAACUUUCCUCCCAGAUAGUUGCUUCCAAAUUGAAAGAGGUGGUCACGAAAAGAACCACACAGAUAAAAGCACCUGAAAGGUAGGACAUUUUUCUCCCCAAAAUGCGAUGUCACUUUAGGCAGCUCUUGUAAAUAUUAAGAUCUGUUUGAUCUCUUCCCCUUAGAGACUCAGUGAAGUUGGUACAGUUUGUGGGUGUCUUCAUCACUGCCUCUUCUCCCAACCCUUCAAAACAAAUACAGUCCACAGUAGCAGCCGCACUUCAUUUCAAAGGAACCAUUUUAAUUUAUUUAAAAGUUUGAAAACCCCCUAAGAUGACUAAACUUCCAUUUCCUCCUUCUAUCAUUCCUCAGUUUCUCCUUUAGCAGCAUUUUUACCUCUAUCUUAACUUCUUCCUCAAAAAAAAAAUUCUUAAAACUGUGCACUACCUUAAAGAUAGUCGUGUUCUUCAUGCAAUAACGACCUUCCUGUUUGCCACUUGUCAUAAACUUUUCAUUAUUAACAGUCCAUAUGCCCUUUUCUUUUUUUCCCACCCCCUCUUUUAACCUGGGUCACUUGCUUCUGGAAAUCUGAAUGGUAUAUUUAAAAUAAUUUAGUUCCUAUGGUUUUGUGAAAAGACCAUCUCAAAAUAUCCUGCUCCUUUUUUUUCUUUUCGUUCCUAGGACAAGAUACCUAAGCAAAUAGGAAUUUGGUUUGGUGUUUCUCCUAAAAUAAUGUUCAAUACUUAACCUAAUCAAAUGGCAUCCAUUUGAAUAAAAUGACAGUAACUAAAGCUAGUUAAUGUCAGUGACAUUAAACUAACUCCAGGAUUCAGGAGUUUUAAUGUUAGAAUUUAGAGUUAAAUAGAAAGUGGCUUCGUUUCGCCAUGGUAGCCUGUCUCUCCUGAUCCCUGUUACAGUCCGUCUUCCAGCCUCGAUGGUGAUGACAGUAGUGCUCCGCUUAGCUUAUACUCACUUGUGCACUUGAUUUGUUAAUUAAUCAACUCUUUGAGCCUUGAGACUCUCCAUUUUGCUUCUAUUUUGUGUUAUGAAGAUAGCAGUGCUGCG